AUUUUGGCCUGGAUUCGAACCAAACAUGUAUCUUUGGGUCAGUACCAUUUUGGAUUUUCGGAUCAACAAAAUACCAAAACUAGUUAUAGAUUACAAGGAACACUUUACACAAUUUUUUUUUUUUGAAUAGAGGGAGAAGAAUGGAAGAAAUCAUGGAGAACAUGCGAUUUUCUAGUAAUGAUGAUGUACAUAAAUAUUUGAGAUUGUAUAAUUUAUUUUUGGGAAACAGGAAAAGCCAGAUAUAUAGAUGAAUCUAUGGAUAGCUGGAAAAUUUAAGGGAAAGGACAGAAUGAAGACAGCAUUUUCUAUAUCUUGUAAAAUAUUUGAAAAAAAUCAUGAUCUGAAAGAAGUUUUUAUAAAACCGUUCAAAAAAAACAUUCAUUCCAAAAAAUGAAAAAAACUAAAUGCAUGUUUUCAUUCUUCAAAAAUAUGUCAACAAUUCCAGUAGCAAACUUUUAUAUAGUCAAAUUUCUUUAUGAACAUGAUCUUUACUACUCCGCGAUUAAUACUUGUACAUUUUCUUUCUUGAGUGUGUGUAUGUAUAGCGUCGCUUUCCAAUAGUUUCUGCCAAAAGGAUAUAUUUGUGUAAACUAAGAAGGGUCUUGACGAGUGUAUACAUGCAUUAGUACUUAUUAUCAACCAAUCAGAAGAGAACACGAGUAUAUAUUAAUUAGUGGCUAUUAAACAAAGUCAUUGUAUAUUUUAAUAAGAAAAAUAUGUAGUGUGACUCAUUACCUAUAGUAGAGAAAAUAACUCAGGAUUUGCUUUUGGCUCCACCAUGUCAAACUAUCUAGAUGCCAACACAAAGCGCAAAUUAAACAAUAAUUAACCUAACAAUAAAGAAAUUGGAAUUGUUUUUUAGCUAAACAAAAGAGGAAGGAAUCCAUCAUCAAAGUUAAUAAAACUGGAAUAUAGUACAAAACCCUUUUGCCUCCUUGCCUCUCAUUGCCUUCUCUCUUCUCCAUAUAUACUUCAUUUUCACACCCCCAAAACUCCACAGUCAAAAUCUCUCUCUGCAUAAUUCUCCAAAGUUUAAACAUCUCAGUAACCAUUUCUCUAAUCCAAAUCACAUUUUCCUCUAUUGCAAAUUCAAACUCAGUGAUAUCAAGUGAAAUUAAACCCACAAAAUUUAUUUAAAUUGAAACCACAUGGAUCCUCCAUAUAGAUUCAUAAAAGAGGAGUUUCCUACAGGAUUCAAUGAUUCUCCAUCACCACCAUCUUCUAAUCUCUACACAACCUCCAUGGCCCCAAAUGAUCCAACAACAACCCUGAGCUCUCCACAACCAAUAGAAGGUCUCCACGAAUCAGGCCCACCUCCAUUUCUUACAAAGACAUAUGAUUUGGUAGAAGAUUCAAGAACCAAUCAUGUCGUCUCUUGGAGCCAAGCCAAUAACAGCUUCAUCGUCUGGGAUCAAGAAUAUUUUUCCAUGACUCUCCUUCCCAUCUUCUUCAAGCAUAAUAACUUAUCUAGCUUUGUUCGCCAGCUCAACACAUAUGGUUUCAGAAAGGUGAAUCCGGAUAGAUGGGAGUUUGCAAAUGAAGGGUUUCUUAGAGGGCAAAAGCAUCUCCUCAAGACAAUAAGGAGAAGAAAGACGAGUAACAAUAAUCAAAUACAACCCCCUCAAUCAUCCUCUCAACAACAAUCUCUAGACAAUUGUUGCAUAGAAGUUGGUAGGUAUGUUCUACAUGGAGAGAUGGAUAGCCUAAGGCGAGACAAACAAGUUCUGAUGAUGGAGCUGGUAAAGGUGAGACAGCAACAACAAAGCACCAAAAUGGAUCUCACACUGUUAGAAGAUAAGCUCAAGAAGACUGAAUCAAAACAAAAACAAAUGAUGAGGUUCCUAGCCCGCGCAAUGCAGAAUCCAGAUUUCCUUCAGCAACUCAUUGAGCAGAAAGAGAAGAGUAAGGAUACAGAAGAAGCAAUCGACAAGAAGAGACAAAGACCGAUCGAUCAAGGGAAAAGACAUGUGGUUUGUGUGGAAGAUUAUGAUGAUGGUGGUGGUGGUUAUGGAAGGUAUGGAAAGGAUGCUGGAUCCUCCUCGGCGUUUUUUGACAUGAAACAAGAAACAUAUGGAGACAUGUCAGAGUUAGACAGACUUGCUAUGCACAUUCAGGGACUUGGAGAUCAGUGCAAUAAGAAAGAUGUGGUAUUGGAUGUGGGAAAAGGAAAUGAAGAACAACAGCAUAAAGAAAGGUACCAGGAUGAGAACAACGAGAUUUAUGGUGAAGGUUUUUGGGAAGAUUUGUUAAAUGAAGGUCAAAAUUUUGAUCUUCAAGGAGAUGAUGAAGAAAAUGUUGAUGUGCUAAUUGAGCAGCUUGGUUAUUUGGGUUCUAGUGGACACUAAUUUUAAAAAAAGGUACUUUGGCAUUUAAAUCAUCUUGUUUACUAUUGAAUCUUUGGCUUUGUUUCAGAUAGGUGUUUCAUGGGAUAACUUAUUGAACUCGGGUGUUAAGUCAUGUUCUUGUUUCUUUUGAUGGUUUUAGUUCUUGGAAAUAAAAUCGUUUCUUUAUUUCUUAGGGAUUUAUUAUAACUAGUUUUAUGUCACGCACAGUUAUCCCACAAGUUUUAUAACAUCUCGCUGAUUCUGGAAGUGAUUCAAAUCUAUAUGCACCAUUAAAAAUCACAUUUGUUUGGACAGAUGAAGCCCUGCUAAAUGUGGUCAUCGUAGGCGCAAAAAAAAUAGAUUUGUGUCAAGAUGGACAUCUAGGGAAUACUAUAUACCUUUUACGAUUAAGAAAAUUAUGUUUAAUGAGAUAAAGAUGUACUCUUACAGGAAAAUAAAUAUCAGGUUUUGAGGCUAGUAUAAAUAUGAAUCUGAAGAACUAUAAAUUGUUCAUUUAUAUAAUCUAUAUAUACAAACCAUAAACAGCGUAUUUGUCUCAGUUGUGUUGGGAUGAUUGGAAGGAGCUGUAGCUUUAUAUUUUUGCUUUAGAAAUAAAUCUGUAGAUUUUUUUUUGCUGUGGCUGUAGAUAAUUUUGCUGUAGAAUAUUAGCUGUAAGUUUAAGAAGAUUCAAAGACUUACAUAUAAAUUUUCUAAAGCAAAAAAUAAGUGCUCUAAAUUUAUGGCUUUCCACAGCUAAAAAUAAAUAAAAAAGAAAGAAAAAUCUGUAGUUUUAAAAAAUCUUUACAAAGCAUGAUUAGCAACAUUUUGGGCUGUAUAAAUAAUUUAGGUUGUAGAAAGAUCUUACAUCACUUCUAAAGCACUUGCCAAUCAAUCCCUUACUCUCUUAAAUUUUGUCUUUUUUUAAAGUUAAUUCGCGUUUGUUCACUACGUAUCUAAUUUUCCCAAUAAAAUUAUCACAAUUGUAGACGCGAUACAUUUUAAGUUAAAAUUUCUUAUAUAUUUACACUAUGUUAAGUAUAGUGCAUUAGAUCAAACGUCAAUUCUUUUGAAAGAUAAAUAAAAAUGCAGAAUCUCUAAGAUUGGUUGUUUUUUUUACUGGUGAUAAGUAAGUCAACCUUCUCUGUGAAAAAAAUAGAUUGGGAAUUUAAGUGGGACUACUAAUUAUUAUGAUGAGAAUAUGCCAGCAUUGAAAAUUGGCUUGACUUAAAUUUCAUUAAAAUCAUUUAUCAUAAAAUCAGAGUCCAAACACAGCUACUAAAUCUAAAUUGUUCUUACCUUAUUGAAUAACUAACUCCUGCUUAGAUAACCAUACUCCUAACCGUUUCUCGUGGAUGCCAUAUAUAUAUUUUAAAGUAAUUCCACGAAAUUCAAAUCUCGCAGGUCUAAUAGUUUAGAAAACAACAACUGGUUGUUUAAACCUUUAUUGAUUCAUAAAUUAUUUAUCCAUUUAUUAAUUCGCUCUACUUGUUAAGAAAAUGUAAUACAACACUGAAACACGGCUCGAGCUUUUAAUUUUAACACUUUAUUUAGUGUUACUUUAUACUCCCAUUUCGUGGAAUAUGAUAGUGCACCUUAAACCGCUCCAUAUAUUCUUUUGCUAUUUCUUUAGAAGCAAUUGUUUUUUCUCUCGUGCUGCGGAAAUAGCAAGUUCUCUACUGGCUUUUGAUCUUGUCAUAAUAAUCAUUGUCUGAAUAUUUCCCGAAAUAGAUAAACCAUCAGUUCAAUUUUCAUUAUAUCUUAGUUUUACGGAUGUAGUUAUCAAAAUUUUAGCAAUAUAGAAUAUAGCGGUAGAUAAAUAGACAAUGGCAACAUAUCAUUUCAAAACGAAGUAAAAUAGAGUUUCAGUUGCAACACAAUAAAAGAUAGCAGUACGAUAAUAAUAGUAACUACUAAUUAGUCGAACAGUUGGACUAGUAAUACAAUUUUAUUUAAUUAAGAAAUUAAAAGAAAAUUGAAACGAAAUUCUUCAAAACAAAGAGAUUAUAUUCAAUUAAGAAAUGUUAGUUAUUUUAUUUUUGAAGCAGUAUAAACGUCUCUAAGGCAUUAUUUGGGGUAUCUAAAUUGUAUUUCUCAAAAUAUGAACACAAAUUAUCUAUCUAUAUAUAAAAAAAGUUUGUUCUCUCCUGGUGAAGCCACCUAGGAUUUCAGGUCAUGAAGUCGGUUUUUCUGAGCACGACAUGUGUCCCUCUCCCUAAUACUAUGUGUUUCAUUAAGUCAUAUAUUUCGUGUGUUUGGGCUUAUUUCGUUUAGUAUAAUUCGAUGUGUUUUUGGGCUCUGUAUACCGGUUGGGCUUAUGGUUUGAUUGUGGAGACAGCCCUAAUUGUGUUUUCACGAAACAUGAAACUUUACGGUUUGUCUCUCCUCUUUGUUCUGCUGCGACUUCUGAGUUAUGACCACCAAGAAGUGAUCGUCUGCGUUCUCUGUCACUUUCAAUGGUGUUUCGAGAGGUUGUUUGACUCAUAUCAAUCUUCAGUCGCGUCUCUUUGACUUCGCUUUUAGUAACUGAAAUGCUCAGAGCUACAGAUUCUUCCCUUUAUGGCCUUCUUAACUCCAUAGACCGACGUGACUGACAUUGAAUGCUACGAGCUAUUCCUCUGCAAGGCGGUGUAUCAACAGCUAUAUAAAGAAUCACUAUACUGCCUACUGAUGGAGGAAGAGUUAGUAGCGAACCAAGAGGUGUUCGAGGAGAAAGCCUAGGAAGAUAUCCGUUGGUAACUUGAGGAGUUAAUUGAUGAGAAUUAUGUCGAUUAAGAUCAGCUUGAACCUAGAUGCUCGAUCUUAAGGUUCCAUCAGUUGUUGGGAUUUUACAAGAUGAGGUGGAUCUGAUUGUGUAUGUGAUGAAAAUUGAGAAUGCUCCUUUGGAUUCUUAUGCUGACAAUGGAGGUUUAGAAGCUCAGAGUCAUGACAUUAAGGAAGCUGUUGAGUUGCUUUUAACUCAUCCUGAGUUUUAUGCAAAUAUUGGUAUUAAAGCCACCCAAGGGUGUGAUUUUUUAUGGUGAGCGAAGAACUGGGAAGACAGUGCUUGCUAAGGUUUGCCUUCCUACCUACUGCUUAUUAAGUGAUAUUGUCCCAACCCUUUGAAUAAGCGGGAACCACAUCAGAUGACUGAGCAUGCAGGUCGCUCUAAUUAUCAUUAAUUCGAUUGAAAGUUACUGUCAUCUUCUCAAUAUCAUGUAUACGGAGUUUCUCAUUCUGUUGAACCAUGGAAGCUUGAAGAUUAUCAACCACCAUGCCGUUUUCAAAUGGAGUCACAAAACAGAGACAUAUUCUCAGUUAUAUUUUAUUUCAACACUUGGUGUUGCAAGAAUUUUCCACUACAAGGACUUUGACGUUAGGAGGUGCAACUGCAUUAAGAGCUUUGCCUUGCUCAGCAAUUAUAUGUCCAUUAAGAGCUUUGCCUUGCUCAGCAACUAUAUGUCCACUGAUGUCCAACACGGCAGAAUGUUCCAUUACAGGGCCUCAGAUAUUUCACCAAUCAGAAGAGCUCAUUCCACAUCUUGGAACACUUCAUAAGGAUAUGUUCCCAUAUCAACUUCUCUAAACCAAGGGACAAGCAAUCCUCGAGUUCCAUUGCAAUACCAUCGAGAGCUUGGGUUGAUCUCUCUGUUCCAAGAAGUAUCAAAACAAUGGUUUGGUCUGGUCCAAAGACUGCAUCAGAAGCAAGCUACACCCGGGAAACCAAGUUCAUAACUCUCUCUCACUGUAACAGUAUUGGAAAAGGAGUAACUUACUCUGAUGAGCAGCACCUCUCUCACUGUGAUUUAAAAAGGACAAGUGUUCGUGACAGAUUUCAUAACUCUCUUCAAUCGUUUCUUUAUUGUAAUAAAUUCUGCACAAUUGGAUUUUUUUUUUCCAUAUAAGCCAUAACAUCUUAACAUUUA